AUAGAAAGCACCAAAACCCAACAGGCGUGCAAGAGCACCGAAAGCAUAAAAAAAACAGACAAAGCAAAGAGAGAUGAUGCUUCCCAAUGUUUGAGAUAUUGUCGGAAAACUCAAACUUUAAACUCUGCUCUUCACUUCCGGUAACGGAUCUCUGAUCAGUAUUAAGGUUAUUAUGUAUGUUGGACACCUUCAGGCGUUGAUGUGUAGUUUUCUUAGGUUAAUUACCACACUCUUCUAGGGGUCGGGCUUUAAACUAAUCUAAUCUCAUUACAAGUAGCUAUGCAACCCAGUGGUGCAAGAGAUACACAACUCCGUGAGAGCAAUAGCCAGAAGGUCCAUCCGCAACCAAUGGAGGAAGCCGCAAACCAAAAUCCUGAAGCAGUUGAAGCUAUGGUAUCUAGGAUUUUUACAAAUAUCUCCUCUCUGAAGUCUGCCUACAUUCAACUCCAAUCUGCUCAUACUCCUUAUGACCCUGACAAAAUCCAAGCUGCUGAUAAACUAGUAAUUUCGGAGCUGAAGAAUCUCUCUGAACUUAAGCACUUCUACAGGGAGCACAAUCCCAAACCUGUUUGUGUUUCACCUCAGGACUCUCGCUUGGCUGCGGAGAUCCAAGAACAGCAGAGUUUGUUGAAAACAUAUGAAGUUAUGGUGAAGAAGUUUCAAUCUGAGAUUCAGAAUAAAGAUUCUGAGAUUCAUCAGCUGCAGCAGCAGAUACAAGAGGCCAAUCAGAAGCGUGUCAAAUUGGAGAAAAACCUUAAGCUCAGGGGCUUGUCAGCAAAAGAAUCAGAGAAUGCAGUUGACGAGAACGGGCAUUUCUCCAUGGACCUAACUCCUGAGCUUUUCAGGUCAGCAGUGGAAGCUGCUUAUAAGGCCAUUCACGACUUUUCUAAGCCAUUGAUCAACAUGAUGAAAGCUGCUGGUUGGGAUCUUGAUGCUGCAGCAAGCUCCAUUGACCCAGAUAUAGUUUAUGCAAAGAGAGCUCACAAGAAAUAUGCGUUUGAAUCACAUAUCUGCCAAAGAAUGUUCUCUGGAUUUCAGAAUGAAUUCUUCUCUGUGAAGCAUGAGAAUUCAGCUGUCACCGAGGAUAGUUUUUACCACCAGUAUCUUGCAUUACGGGAAAUGGAUCCACUGGAUGUUGUAGGCCAAAGUCCAGAUUCCCUUUUUGGGAACUUUUGCCGAAGCAAAUACUUAGCGGUGGUUCAUGCAAAGAUGGAGGCUGCAUUUUUCGGGAACUUGGAUCAACGAAACUAUGUUAUGGGUGGUGGACACCCAAGAACAGCUUUCUAUCAGGCUUUUCUGAAACUAGCCAAGUCAAUUUGGCUUUUGCAUAGGUUGGCAUAUUCAUUUGAUCCUCCAGUUAAGGUUUUUCAAGUCAAGAAGGGAAGUUGUUUCUCAGAGGUUCAUAUGGAAAGCGUGCUGAAAAAUUUCAUUGUAGAUGAAAACGAGGAGAAGCCUAAGGUUGGUCUGAUGGUUAUGCCUGGUUUCUAUAUCAGGGGCAGUGUGAUCCAGAGCCAAGUUUACCUAACUGGUGUGAAGGUUACCGAAUGAUAUUAUGUAUAUCGUGUUUCUUGCUUUUAUCAUGCCUUAUGUUCUAGCAAGUGUGCUUGUUGUUACAUGCUGGUCAGUCUGAUGUAAAAUGUGUCUUCAGUAAUGACUAGAUGUCUCCGUAUGGUCAGGCAAAGAAUUGAAGUUGGAGAACUUUCUGUUCAUGAACAUAAUUUUAGUUCUUGAUUUUGGGACAAUAGAUGUCUUGAUUCCCGACUAUAAGUUUUCUCAUGAAAUAGAUUUUGCUUCCAAUA